UGACAAAUCUGGCAGGGUCCUUUGACUGCGUCGCACAAUUCUAACCGAGAAAACAAUCAAAGCGAGAGCAUACAGCAAUUGGGUGAAUUGAAUAGAUUGGCAAUGGAAAUUGAUGAAGACCUUAAGUAGGAGUAUGUAUGUGGAAUCGAUCUGAAAAUCCAUUACUUUGGUAACUAUUUACGGUCUGUGUGAUGAGAAUAAAUGAGAUCGUAGGCAAUAGUGAAGUCAUUGGCAGAACCUGUUGGAGUUUUAGAGUAAGUUCAAGUGAGUUUGCAUAUGCAGGAAUGAAUUGAAGAAACAGAAAAGUUCCAUCCACAUUUAACCACAAAAAAGCUUUUUGGAUUUGAAAGUUUUUCAGAAAAAGACCUACACACGAUGAGAGCAUUCUGCUUUCGCCUUAGCUUCAAGCGUAUCAAACUAAGGUGGCUCUUGGUUGUCAAUUGUUUAUUAUCCGUAUUAUCUGUAUCUUUUCACAUUUAUUAUUUCUUCGGACGCGAUCACAUGAAUAAUGCUGACUCAUACAACGGCAAAUUGGAAAUGUGUUUAGUUGGUAAUGCACAAACCAAAAAGCACGCACAAAAUAUGCAUCGGAUGUGGGAAAACAAAUUUGUCUCUUUUUGGUUCAUAUGGAAUGAAAGUAUUACGGAACCAAUAACGCUUCAAAAUAACAUUAAUUUUGUCUACUCAGAUGAUAAUUUAUCCUGGACCAAAGGUAUCGAGUUAUUAAUUAAUCAUUUAGUUAAGAUCAACAUGCCUUGUGAAUACAUUUUUACUCAUGAUGACGAUUUGAUAUUUCGUAUCAAGCAACAAUUUCAUGUUCCCAAAGUCUCUCUUCCAAACUUGUUAAUAAACAUAUUAAAAACGUAUCGACCUGCAAUAGCCAGUUUUCCAUGGAGUACUGGUGAUAAAAGUAUUUUAGCUAUGAGAGAAUUAGCGUUAGUCUAUGAAAAUGAGACUAUUGCACCGUUAACAGGAUUCGACAAUGGAAUGGUUAUUUAUCAUAAGUCAAUUGCAAACUUUUUUAUACCGUUUUCACCUCGAGGUGAAGGUGGUUUCAAAGGUGAUUGGACAUUGUGUGCACAUUUUCUACAAAUGUUUGCACAUUUAUUAUUUGAAAAAUAUGCUAUACGUUUAAAUAUGUUUGAAUAUAAUAAUUCUAUCAAUAUGGAUAAUUCAUUACCUGAGAAUCAUUUUAAACAACGUAUCCUAAUUAAAAAUGGGCUCGCUUAUGUUCGACGUAACCAUGUACCAACCUACAUUAAUGGCACUCUUCAAUAUCUUUAUAGCACUAAAACUUUACUAUCGAAAAAAGGUCCAUUUUUCAGCAUGGUGCUUAUGGCGGGGCUCGUAUUUCAUCGUCAAUAUCUUUAUCAAUACACAUAUAAGUUACCACAAAUUGCACGAGAUUUGGUAGAAUCUCUAAUAAAUUGCGAGGAUAUACUAUUUAAUUUUUUACUUGCUAAUACUACUAAGCAAGGGCCAGUUGUGAUAGAUGCAUGGGCCAAACCGUAUGAUUUUGGUGGUUUAUGGAAACGACGAACUCAUGCAGCAUCACGAUCACUAUGUAUAAACAAAUUCGUUGAAAUUUUUGGUGGAAUGCCAUUAAAAUAUACGACGAGUAUAUUCAAAAUUAAUAGAAACCAAACAGUACCAGGAAAGAAUAAACAUUUCUUCCAAGAACAAUUCCCGAUAAAAUAA